CCGGCGCUAAAUUUCAAACAGGAGGAAAGUGGAAUUGGAUGAGUUUCUUCGCCUGUGUGUAGUUUUGUUCCGUCGUCUCAAGUAACUCUAUGAUUAUUUUCUAAUCAUUUUUAUCAAAAAUAAACAAUCGGAUAUUCGUCAAGUUGUGCGGUCAAAUAAAGCAGCAUGAGUGUAGUGAGCACCCCGAAUUCCCGGCCACUGCAGUGGUCCUCUCCGGCGCUUGGGCACAAAAUGACCCUCUCUGCCACCAGUACACCAUUUCUGGGAUCCAUUCAAAGUAAUGACGAUGAACAGGAGCGAAGGCAGAGACGGAGGUCCAGAGUCAUUGAUCUUCAUGCAGGGGCCGAUUCCUCAAUCAAUGAGGUCUUCAGUAAUACAGGAACUCCUGCUGCCGUGCCCAAGCUGUCCUCUGCUCAGAUCUCGGAGCAUUACUCCACUUGCAUCAAGCUCUCAACGGAAAACAAAAUUACCACAAAGAAUGCAUUUGGUCUGCACCUCAUCGAUUACAUGGCAGACAUACUGAAGCAGAAAGACUCUGAGCUCAACUUUAAGGUUGCUGCAGGGACGCUGGAUGCUAGCACUAAGAUCUAUGCAGUGAGGGUGGAUGCAGUACACGCUGAUGCCUACAGAGUUCUAGGAGGACUCGGCUCUGAGACCAAACCGAAAGAUGCAGACCAGGAGGCAGGAGAAGAGACAGCGACAGCAGAGGGCAAUGUGAGUGAACAGACAGCCACCAAGCAACCCCCAAAAAAACGGCCUCCGAAGAAGACGGUGGAGCAGAACCUGAGCAACAUCAAUCUCUCAGAGUCAGAGAUGAAGUGUGAGGUGGACCCCAUGUUCCAGCGUAUGGCUGCAUCUUUCGAUGAGAACAGUACAGCUGGAGUGUUUCUGUCUGUGCUGUUCAGUGAAGACAGCAGCUGUGGGCUGAGGUUCCCUUCCCACAUGACCCUGCUGAAAUCCAGACCAGACAGCUCACCCUCACCUGUACAACAUACACCUGCCUCCCCCUUCACAGUUAGUUUAAAGACACUGGAGGAAAAGAUGCCCAUCUGCCCAUCUCUACAAGAUUUCUCCUUCACCCAAUGGACACCUGAACAAACGAAUAACCUGAACCAGCUGCUGGACAAAAUGAAGCAGGGCGAACACGCAUUCGACGUCAACGCCGGCAUUGAACCAGACGAGGCACCGGAUUUUGGAGACCAGUUCGAUGCGGACGGAGAUGACGGAGGGCCGGGAGACUGCGGAGAUCACUUUGACGAGCACAAAGACGCCUGCUCCAGGAGGAGCCCCGAGAAAGGACGAGGGGUGAUACCGAUCGGAGAAGGUGACAUCACCACUAUGUGCCUGCAGCUCUCAGACAAACCCAGAGAGUAUUCGUACUUCAGCCCCCGCACCAUGGCAACUUGGGUCGGCCCGGGAUACUGGCUUUUCAAACCCACACACAAACAGGAUCACAAGCCAGAGAAGGAAACUAAAAAGCGAGCGCCGAAAAAUCCACUUGUGAUCGACUUCAGUGAGGACAUCCACUUUCACAACUACUUCCGCACCACCAGAGCAGCAACCACCGUCAGUAAAUCUGCCCUCAACACCAGCAACAAGAAAACCACGCUGCCGGCAGAUUUCCAGUAUCCACUCAGCAACCUGUCACAACUCAGCCUCAAACCUGCCAACACGCUGAUUGUCAAAGACAAGAAGAGGAUAUCGGGCGAGCUGGCUGAAGACAUUGGUGAAUAUGAUUAUAACAACGCUAAUGACACUGCAAACUUCUGUCCACGGCUGCAGCUGGAGGACAGUGAUGAUGAUGUGGGUGGCUUCGCAGGAUCAGAUGACUCUCAGCCCCUGACCGACAGGCUGGACCCCGACGGUGUCUCCACAUACGGAGAAGACUGUCUGGUGCCCGAGCCACAUAAAAUCAACAUCAUUGAGAUUAAUUACGCCAAAACGGCCAAGAAAAUGGACAUGAAGCGCCUGAAGAGCAGCAUGUGGAGUCUCCUGACAGAUAGCCCAGAGAAACCGGCCAAGGAUUCUGAGAACGAUCAGCCUACAGAAGUCCCGGGAGAAAAAUCCUUCAGCCAGUCUACCAGAACACUCUUACAGAAGCUGCCCAACACCAUGGCCAAUAACCUGUCUGUGCCCUUGGCGUUCGUCGCUCUUCUGCAUCUGGCAAACGAGAAGAACCUGGAGCUCCACAAAGUGGACGACAUGUCGGACAUCAUCAUCAGACAAGGACACUGAGGACACGCCCACAUCACAGGAUAUUUUAUUGUUUUAGGGAUUUUUAUUUUUUCUACAGUGCAGUGUUUUAUUCCACAUGUAAGGAGUAGCUGUUUUACAGUAAACAAUGUUUUUGUAAUUUUGUAAUAAAAAAAUUUUAAACUGUGAAUGAAGUCUGUCAUUCAGAAUCAUGUGGAAAAUGACCUAAAGAGAGAAUUGGAGGAAGCGGGUCUUCAUAGGGAAUAAACCUGAUCUUUUUAUCAUGUUCACACUUAUCCAUCAGCUCUAGGGAAGUCCACUUGUUCUGACACUUUUCUACUCUUUCAUGUCUCAUCUUUUUAAUUUAAACCGUAUGUUACAUUUUGAUGUUUUUUCCUUUUAUCUAUGUUUAAAAUAUCAUUAAAUCUUUGAGUAUUUACUCGCA